GGACAACAAGUAAACUCACGCCUGAGGAGACAUGGCGGAGCUGCUGAAAAUAAAAAGUGAAGCUGAGGAGUUCCAAAAGGAAUACUUCUUAAGAAACAACCAAGCUGAGGAGAACAGACAGAAGGAAAACCAGGCCGCCACCCGGAUUCAGAGCUGGUUCAGAGCUUGCAAGGUUCAGACUUACCUCAGCCAUCUGCACAAGAAGGCAAUCAUUAUACAGAAGAUAUGGCGGGGCCUCACAGCAAGGGCACGUUUCAGACAAAUGGUGAAGGCAGCAUAUUUUAUCAUGAAGAUGAAUUUCUACGAGGAGAUGGCGGUCAGGAUCCAGCGGAGAUGGAGAGGAUUCUUUGUGAGGAAGCAUAUCCAUAACUUCUAUGCACGCAAGAGCUAUCUGGAAGGACUUUCCAGAAAAAAUGAACUUGUCAGGAGGGAGCUGGAUGAACUUGAGGAACUCCAGAAGAGAGAGAGAGACUGUCUGGAGAUCAUAAAAGAGCAGACGGCCAAAGUCUACCAAGCUCACCGGUUACACCACCUCCUCAGUACAAAGCAGUGCCCAGGGGUCUUCAACUCUCCAUUCAGGCCAGUCCCCCAUGAGACAGAGCUGCUGCUGAAGCAGGUCAAGUACCAGGCCCCCACCAGACUGGCCCCCAGGGGCAGGGUUUGUCUCUUGGGUGUGCCUGACUCAACAGCCCCAAGUUUCCAUGGGAGCCUUGGGUCCCAAUGGAUGAAAACCACUAGAACCUGCUGCUCCUCCAGGCCCAUACUGCCCCCCAUUACCAGUAAGAAACAGCAGGGUCUGUUCAGAUCGCCGGGGGAAGUGUGGAGGCAGCGUGUGCGUUGUCCUGACCUGACAUUGCGUCUGCAGAACUCUCACACACACCUGGAGGAGGCCCAGAAUCAGUUAAAACAACACAAGUCCGUAAGACUCUGCAGUGGCACACUAGGAACAGGAAGUAAGUUCCACUGUCUGAGGCACAGCAGCAAUUCGUUCGCACAACCAGCCUGCGCCAAGAGCUUCCAAUAGUAGAUUACACUCUGCCUCCAAGAGGAGCCGUUCAAGACAGUGUUUGCCACCUACAACGUCUUUGAUAAGUUCACUCGUCUCUACUCCAAGACAGACAGCAUUGUGUAAUACACCUCCUCCUGGCCUGAGAAAAUUAAGAGAAGUACAAAUAAAUA